CUGUCUCUAUUUGACUAUAUGCAUUGUUGAUUUUUAUUUUUUAAUUGUGCAGUUUGAAUUGAUUGAUUGGUGGUGGAUUUAUUGAUGUGCAUUGCACAGAUGGGGAGAUUUAGAGACAAAAAAAAGAGAGAAAGAGAGAGAGAGAGAGAAGGGAGAGAAUUGACAUGAGUAUCACGUGUCGUCUUGCAAUUCUAUCAUUCAUCACUCUGAGGAACUUAUCAAUGCCAUGUGGUUAGGGGUGUAUUUACAAGCCAACUCACACACUCAGUUGGGAAAGCUCACGUGAGAUUUCACAUCUGCGAUUCUUCUGUUCAUUAAUCGCAAGGAAUAAGAAAACAGUUCAAAUCUAAUUUUGUCACAAAUGCACAAUUAAAUUCACACAAAUUAACACUGAACCUGAGAAAAGCCGGGAAGGAAAGUUUGUGAAUAAAAUCUGUACCAAUUGGCAAAUGCACUUACAAAGAGGCGAGAGACUGAUGGGGUUUUUGCUUAGCAUGAAGAGAAAGACUUCUAAUAUAUACACACCUAUUGUGUGUCUGGCAAUGAAUUGUCACACUUGGCAAUGACAUAGAUUGUGUCUGUUCUUCUCUUUAUGCAAUUCAUGUUUCCUCCCCAUAUAUUUAUCCUAUUCUCUGUGUCUUUGUGUUUGUAUGUUUCAUGCUGGGAAAUAUUCUGUAUGAAUUCCUUGAAGGAAAAAGUCCCUUCUCAUAAUUCCAAUUAAACUUUUAAUUGCUUCACCAUUGUCUGUGUUAUGUCUUCAUAUAUAUAUUAAUGGAAUGAGAGGAGCAAUAAUUUUGCAGACAGGGAAAUGUUAGCUGGAAAAUUUGCAUUAAUUUGUUGCCCAAAACAACAAUAAACAUAAUUUGAAGCAAGAGGUGAAACAGCGCGCAACCUGCAGCGAAACUGCACAAAUUGAUGAUGAUGACGGCACAAAAUCUGUGUGUUCCUGGAUUGAUUUGAGUGGAGAAUUCAGUGGAAAAUGGGAAGGAAAGUGACUGUUGCUGUUGCCACACUGAAUCAAUGGGCUUUGGACUUCGAGGGAAAUCUCUCAAGGAUUCUCCAAUCGAUUGUUGAGGCCAAGGAAAUGGGCGCGACGUAUCGAACAGGACCAGAAUUGGAGAUUUGUGGAUACAGUUGUGAGGAUCAUUUUCUGGAGCCAGACACAUUUCUCCACUCGUGGGAAGUUCUACUGGAAUUAUUAACUUCCAGUCACACGCAGAACAUCUUGAUUGACGUCGGAAUGCCGAUUCAGCAUAGAAAUGUCGCUUAUAACUGCCGUGUGACGUUUUUUAACAAGAAAAUACUCCUGAUUAGGCCCAAAAUGCAGAAUUGCGAUGAUGGCUGUUAUCGUGAGACGCGAUGGUUUUCCAUGUGGAAGAAAUUGUGCAUGACGGAGGAUUUCUACCUGCCACGAAUGAUUUCGGCAGAAACAGGACAACAGACUGUGCCGAUUGGCGAUGCUGUCAUUGCCACAAAGGACACGUGUAUCGGCUACGAGAUAUGCGAGGAGUUGUGGAAUCCCAAGAGUACACAUAUUGAUUUGUCCCUGUCCGGCGUGGAGUUGAUUGUGAACAGCUCUGGCAGCUAUAUGCAAUUGCGAAAGGCCUAUGUGACAACGGACCUGAUAAGGAAUGCAACGUACAAAGCUGGCGGUGCUUAUUUGUUCAGCAAUCUCAGGGGUUGCGACGGGCAGCGAAUAUACUUCAAUGGUUGUUCUGCUGUGGCGCUGAAUGGGGAAAUAAUAGCGAGAGGAAAGCAAUUUUCGUUGCAAGAUGUUGAAGUGACUGUCGCUACCAUUGAUCUGGAGGACAUUCGCUCAUACAGAAUGGCUUUGCGGUCACGCAGCGUGAUGGCAGCGUCGGCGCCCACUUAUCCGCGCAUCAAUGUGGACUUUGAGAUGUCUGGUCACAACUACAUGAGCAUCCCCACGAGCAUUCCCAUGCAGUGGAAGUAUCACACGCCUGAGGAGGAGAUUGCUCUGGGUCCGGCGUGCUGGAUGUGGGAUUAUCUGAGGCGGUCAGGACAGGGUGGAUUCUUUUUGCCGCUGAGCGGCGGAGUGGAUUCCAGCAGCACAGCGUCGAUUGUACACUCAAUGUGUCGUCUGGUGGUGAAUGCCAUUGAAUUGGGUGACAUUCAAGUGUUGCACGAUGUGAGGAAGAUUCUUGGCGAUCCAGACUACACGCCAGACAAUCCGCACGCCCUCUGCAAUCGACUCCUCGUCACAUGCUACAUGGGCAGUGAGAAUUCCAGUGUGGAGACGAAGCAGAGGGCAGCUGUGUUGGCCGAUCAGCUGGGCUGCUAUCAUCUGGAGAUCAACAUUGAUGGCGCCGUGAGUGCCCUGAUUGGUGUUUUCACGUUCGUGACGGGAAUGACACCGAAAUUCCGAUCUCUGGGCGGAUGUGCGAGACAGAAUUUGGCACUGCAGAACAUUCAGGCGCGCAUCCGAAUGGUUUUGGCCUAUUUAUUUGCACAACUCAUGUUGUGGGUGAGAAAUCGUCCUGGUGGUCUUCUUGUUCUGGGAUCAGCCAAUGUGGAUGAGGCGCUGAGAGGAUAUAUGACGAAGUAUGAUUGCUCCAGUGCUGACAUUAAUCCCAUUGGCGGCAUCUCCAAAGCGGAUCUGCGAAAGUUCCUUCUCUAUGCGAGAAAUCAAUUCAAUCUUCCCAUCAUCGAUGACAUCGUCUCUGCUGCUCCAACAGCAGAACUGGAGCCUCUGGUCAGUGGACAGCUGGUGCAGACGGAUGAGCAGGACAUGGGAAUGACCUAUGCGGAACUCAGUGAGUACGGGAGAUUGAGGAAGCAAGCUUACUGUGGACCAUUCAGCAUGUUCUGCAAAUUGGUGGCGACUUGGGGACACGCGUGCACGCCCAAUGAAGUGGCGGAGAAAGUGAAGCACUUCUUUCGCUGCUAUGCCAUCAAUCGUCACAAGAUGACUGUCCUGACGCCGGCUUAUCACGCUGAAUCCUACAGUCCUGAUGACAAUCGCUUCGAUCAUCGGCCUUUUCUCUAUCGAGCCAAUUGGAGUUGGCAAUUCAAGGCGAUUGACGAAGAGUUGGAGAGAAUUCUGGUGCACAAUGUGCAAAAUCAAAAUGCACCGACAAAUACAGAUCAAACGCGUGAAACGAAUCAAUCGAACAAGCAGAGCAUCAGUCGCAAAUCUUCACAACGUGAUUCCAAACAUGAUUCGUCAACAUCGCUCGACAAUAAGCAUCGUUCCAGUCAUUCGAAACUCAAUGUGAAUGUAAUGGGGAAAAUUAGGGACCGAAGCGGAAUUCCAGUGUAACACAUUAUUAUUAUCUGCUGUUGAGUCUUUUUUUUUGCACUCUUUCUUUCAGCAUUCAAUAGAUGGAAUUUGUUGCAAUUUUACUGUUCACAGAGAAUUUAUAAUAAUAAUAAUAAUGUUCUGUAUAGAAACACUGAGUGCUGAAAGAGAGGUUUUGUACACCUGAUGAGAGCAAAUGUAUCCUUCGCGAAGCACUCCGCACUGCUCAGCAUCAUGUUUAAUGAUUAAAAUGACUUACAAUAGGCCAGAUAUUCAGCUGAAGAAGCUAAAACACAAUAUACUGUAGCGAAUUGAUAUUGAAAUAAUAGAGAGAAUAUUAUAUGGGAGUUAUUUUGAGAGAUGAGGCGUUAAUUCACAUGUCUAGUCAAUUUAAAUUGUAAAAGACAUCUUUUUGAGGAAUUGUAGCAAUUUGUCGCAAUUCUACAUUAGUUAUUAAUGUCACACAAAUACAAAGUGAGAUGAAAAUUUAUUGUGUGAAUCACAUUAAAAGCGAGUUAUGCAAAUUUAUGAAUAGAGCGUAAAUUAUAUAAAUGACUUCUGCAGAGUGUAAUCUCGGUAAAAUAGUAGCCAGAAUAGUUCCUGAUGAUAUGAAAGAGAAAAACACUCCAAGAUUUUGAUGCAAAAGAAGCUUUUCUAUGACGUACAUUUUUCUCUCCCAAAACACAAUCAUUAGCGUGCAUGUGAAUAACUUAGCGAAUGUUUCUUUGCCCAAGAGACGAAGAAGUUAAUGUGUGACACCUUAAGUGAUCGAUAUAAUAUAGUGAAUAUAUGUUAAACUGUGAUCAUUUAGCACUUUCAACAUAUGGUGACUUAACGGUAAACUUCUGUGAGAUGUUCUUAAUAUUUCUGAUUGACAAUUCGAAGAAGAAAGGGGAGAGAAAAAAAAUCUGUUUGACACUGUAAAAAUGUAUCAAAUUACUAAGAAUUCUUUUCUUUGUCCACCUUUGAGAGAUUAUAUCUGUUACAGCGUGAGUUUUAAUGGGUUUCUGUGCUGCCCAAAUAAAUAACAUCUUGUGGAAAAGACGUGAUUUUGUGUCACUCAAGAAAUUCUUUCAAGUAUAUAAAAAUUUGUUUUCUUCCAUUUUUGCCAUACAAAGUAAGUGGAAAAUUCGAUUAGCUUUAGCCAUUUAAACUCUCAUUCAUAAUCUUAUGAAUUUGAAUAGGAAAUCAAUUAUUAAUGAGCAAUAAAAGUGCUUCUUGGCAGAAGUCAGCAAAAUAUAAGCAUUUAAUAUCGACUUCGAAAUGAGUCUUUCAUGCGAUUUUAGCAAGAAUUUCUUCCCAUUAAAUUACAUCACAAUUAUUAGAGAAAAAAAAACUCACUACAAAUUAUAUUCAUAAAUAUCUUAUAUAAAGGGAUUAAAACAUGAAUGAAUACUUUAGAGGUUGUUCAAGCAUUUUCUAGAGGAAUUGAAAAAAGAAAAAAAACAUUACGAUAGACUUCAGUGAGAAUUACACAUAAUCAUAAUUCGUAAUUUAGAACUCGAGGAAUAUUUAAAUCAAUAGAGAAAAUUGGAAUUGCUAGUAAAAAAAAACGCGUUAGUGUAUUUUCAAAAACAAAAAAAAUUACAUGAGGAAUAAAAAUACCAAACAACAUAGAAUUUCUUGCCUUAUAAAACAAUAUAUUGCAACUGAGAAACACUUUUACAAAAAAAAAAAACUUUUGUAGUACUUAUUGUAUUUUUGAGGAUCAAUAAAGAAUUUUAGCUCUAUCAAAAAUAAA